CUGGUGCCGGCGCCGGGCGGGGAUGGAGCAGGGAGGCGGCCGGAGCCGGUAAGCGCCGGGCCGGCUCCGCUCCGCUCCUUCCCCCCGCCGUGGGGGCCGCGCUCGGCCCCCAGCGCCCUGGCCGCCGCUCGGAGCCCGGUACCGGCUUUGCGCGGUCGCGGCGCCGUCCCGCGGCGCCGGCUGCUCUCGGCGCAGGGCCCUUUCCCCCGCUCACCGCCCGGUGCCCAGGCAGAGCCGUCCUCGGCUCCCCUGCGGGUGCGGCACGUCUGAGUCCCGGCUCUACCCGGGCAAGAGCGCGGGCAGCUGGAGGUGGCAGUUAAAGCAUGACUAGCGGCUCGGCCGGCGUUACCCUUGCCGGGCAGUAGCUCGAGGAGCGUGCCCCUUUCCGUGGGGGAGCAAGGCACCUGCUUGCUGAGAGAAGGAAAGCCUGAAGUCACAGGUUGUUAAAAGUGCUUGUAAGAGCCUUUGUAAUGAGACACUUGCACAAAUAAAGGAGUUUCCAGCAAACAGGUAAUUUACAUGAUUAUCUAGCAUGGACACUGUUGCUAGCCAUAGUUGUCAUCUUCUCCAGCAGCUACAUGAACAGCGUAUUCAGGGUCUUCUCUGUGACUGCAUGUUGGUGGUAAAAGGUGUCUGCUUUAAAGCACACAAAAAUGUAUUAGCUGCUUUCAGUCAAUAUUUCAGGACCCUUUUUCAGAAUUCUUCAGGCCAGAAGAAUGAUGUCUUUCACUUGGACAUUAAAAAUGUAGGUGGGAUAGGCCAAAUCUUGGACUUCAUGUAUACUUCUCACCUGGAUCUUAGCCAGGAUAAUGUACAAGCUAUGCUAGAUAUUGCGCAGUGUCUCCAAGUGCAAAAUGUGCUGAACAUUUGCCACACCUUUCUAAAAUCUUCUACGGCUGUUGAACAGCCUGCCAGCAUGCCUUGUAAUAGCGUAUUCUCUCUGCAAAGUACUUUGACUACAGAUUCCCGCUGUGCCAAUGACAGUUAUGGAACAAACCUGUUGCAUGAAUGCUCAUCUGACACACAAGCUAAUAAAACCUUGAUUGACCACCAGUCUCAUGGAUCACAGUCUGUUAAUCUUCAUGCACCCUCAGGUGAUGCACAGAAACCGCCACAUGACUCCUUAGAUGGCAGCUGCACAGAGCUUCCUUUUAAACAGCCAAAUUACUAUUAUAAACUACGCAACUUUUAUAGUAAACAGUUCUACAAGCAAAAUGCUUGCUCUAAUCAUGAGAGAUUAACAGAACAAUCCUUUUCUUACAACACGUCUACAGAAGUAAAUACAGCAGAGAAUAAUUCUUGUACAGUCAAUAACUCUGAAUGUAUUCUGGAAACCUCUGAUCAUUUACCAUCAAAUUUUCUGGUUCAGUCCUUGAAUGAAGCUAGUCCAGACCAAGGUUCAGAAAGCACGCUUUUACAGCCCACCAAGCAGAUGCGGCUGAAAAAAGCAAUACACCUCAAAAAGUUAAAUUUUCUAAGAUCUCAGAAGUCUGCAGAGCAGUCACCUGAGCCUAAAAUAGAUGACAGUAGAAUAACAGGAGCAAUUGAAUCUGUAAAUGAAAGUACCACGGGGAUGACAAAUGUCAGAGUUCCUGAAGAAAAAGAAACUGAAGAUCUAGGUAAUUCUGAGAAUUUUGAACGAACUGUUGAAAUGGAAAGAUCUCAGGGCCCUUUGGAGCAAGAAGGGCAAUCACAGACUCUUCAGUCGCAGAGACAAUAUGCUUGUGAGUUAUGUGGGAAGGCUUUCAAACAUCCAAGCAACUUGGAGCUCCAUAAACGGUCUCAUACAGGUGAGAAACCUUUUGAAUGUAACAUUUGUGGGAAACACUUCUCACAGGCAGGUAAUCUCCAGACACACUUACGUCGACAUUCUGGUGAAAAGCCAUACAUUUGUGAAAUCUGUGGGAAAAGAUUUGCUGCUUCUGGUGAUGUUCAGCGUCAUAUUAUUAUUCAUUCUGGAGAAAAACCUCAUCUGUGUGAUAUCUGUGGCAGAGGAUUUAGUAACUUCAGUAAUUUAAAGGAGCACAAAAAGACCCAUACAGCAGAUAAAGUAUUCACCUGUGAUGAGUGCGGAAAGUCAUUUAACAUGCAACGAAAAUUAGUGAAGCACAGAAUUAGGCAUACAGGAGAGAGACCAUACAGCUGUUCAGCAUGUGGGAAAUGUUUUGCAGGCUCUGGGGACCUGCGUAGACAUGUGAGGACUCAUACAGGAGAAAAGCCCUAUACUUGUGAAACUUGUAACAAAUGCUUCACUCGUUCUGCUGUUCUACGGCGGCACAAGAAAAUGCAUUGCAAAGCCACUGAUGAAGGUCCAAACACACUAGAUGAAUUUACUCAAGGAAUUGAAACUUCUGAUCUUGACAAAUCUCAGAGUUCUGACUCGUUUGCUCAAGAAAUGUCUGUUGCUUUGUUACCAGUGUCAGUUAAAUUUCCCAUUCGUUCAAGUGGAAAUUCAACUGAAUUUGAUAAUUCUGCAGAUUCUUACUGUAAGUUACGAUCAAUGAUGCAACACCAUGACUCAGCAAACCAACAGAAACUGAAUAUGGAUUCUGCAAAACUCCCAAAAGCUCGUCUGAGUGAGACACAGCACACUCCUCCACCGUCUUACACUUACACAGAUGUAGAUGUGUCUUCAGCAGAAGAACCUCUACAAUCUGAUAGUAUUUCCAUGAUUCGUUCCUCUAUGGUUAGCUUGGACAGUCAUUGUAAUGAUCCACUAGGCAGUCGGACAUCAUCUGCUGCAUACAAGAGUAAUGAAGGACCAUUCUUCUCCAGCAUGACCCUCUGGGGCUUAGCUAUGAAGACUUUGCAGAAUGAAAGUGAAUUGGAACAGUGAGGACCCAAGUUACUAAAUGAAAACUUCUUUGAGGCAUUUCAUGUGAAAGAGAAGACUGCACUAUGAUCAUCUGCGUUAGUUUUUAAGCAAGCUUGUUUGCAUACUGGUAGAAAUCAAGGUACAUAUGUCAAGAACCACCAGGAAAGGCUACCUUUUACACUGCUUCGUAGCAAGGUUCAAAUCCAGUUUGGGGGACCUUUGUUCUUCUGUGACUGCACUGUGUAGCUGGUGUGUUGCCAGGAUUUGUUAUCUUCCAUUCAACUAUGUAUUUUUGAUCUGCUAAUUCAAGAAAGAAUGGCACAAUGUCUAAUUUCAUGGUAUGGAUGAAAUUCAAGUAUGGGUCAUCAGAGUUGUGUGAGGAUUUAGAUAUUAAAAGAGGAAAAUAAUGAACAAAUCACUAGUGAAGCUGAAUUUGAAUAGUGGCUUUCUUACCUAUACGACCAUUGGUUUACGUGACUUGAGUAUUGUGAUAUUAAAUGUUAAAUACUGGACAAUAUUUGUUAUAGUGCAAAGUUACUGUAUAUCUAGAAACUUUAUUUUUUUACAAUAAAAGCCCCUUUUUAGUAUUUUGUAAACUAUUUUGCACAGAAGGUUAUUUGUACAAUGAAGAUCAAAAUCAAGAAAUGCUAACUUAA